GAAAAAAAAAAAAGAAACAGACAGCCUUCUUCCGGCGAAGCAAGAGGCACUAUCGAAGGAAACGGAAGCCGUUGCCUCUGGCAUCAUUUGUUUUUCGCCGCCACUUCCGAUCGCCUGCUGCUUUGAGGGCCCCGCCGUGAGCGUCGAUCGCGUCGGCGCCUGAUCGUACACGGAGCGUUCGUUCUUGAACCCGCUCCUCGGCUCGGCGACCUACGAAGAGCACGCAGUGGUAUUGGUUCCGGGCGUCCGGUAGUCACGGCCCCAGCAAGAACCACGCAUGGGUUCCAGGCCGUCGGGCAUCGGUCACGCAGCAUUGCCACCAGCCGCCGUUGACAACGCAGUGGCAGUGCUGGGGCCUGCCAUGGCGUAGCAUGUUCCCGGCCAAGAAGCUCCGGCUCCGGCGGCUACUCGCCUGGGCCGCGGGCCUCAGCUUCUGCACCGUGCUGCUGAUCGGAUUCCGGGAGCAGCAGCAGGCGCCCGCGCUGCCCGACGUUGCGCCGCGCGAUGUCAACGCCAUCGGAGGGCAGCGUGCCGCGGACCCGCAGCCGCUCCCUGGACAAGCACCUGCACCGGGCGCGCAACUGGCGGCCAGGAUCAACGCCGCGCGAGGCAAGGCGGCGUCGCAGGGACAAGCCGGCGGCUCCCCCGAUCGUCCCUGGUACAUGCGCGGUGGUCGGCGGCGACCACUGCCUGGCGACACGGGCAGCCUGUGGCCGCACGAGGACUCCGGCGACCGCAUCGAGCAGCAGCUGAUGUUCGUGCCCGAGGACUACAAGCGAAACAGCACGCGGAUCAAGAAGAUCCUGCUCAUGCGCGGACUCGGCGGCUGGGGGGACCUGCCUAGGGGACGGGCGGUGUUCCUGCGCGACAAGUGUCCCGUGGACACGUGCGAGAUCGUCACGUCGCAGGAGGAGGCGCCCGACGCGGACGCGGUCCUCUUCAAGGACCGCUUCGUGGCCCCCAAGUACCGGCGCCCCUGGCACCAGGUGUGGAUCCUGUACCUGCUCGAGUGUCCCUACCACACGCAGUCCUUCGCCAACUUCAGGAACAUCUUCAACUGGACGGCCACGUAUAGGCACGACUCGGACAUAGUAGCACCGUACGAGAAGUUCGUACGCUACGACGACGGCGGCGUCACGACGGCGCGUCCCCCGGCGUCCGCAGCGCGCAACAAGACCAAGAAGGUCGCCUGGUUCGUCUCCAACUGCGCGGCGCGCAACCAGCGGCUGCAGUUCGCGCGCAAGCUGGCCGCCUACAUCGACGUCGACAUCUACGGCACAUGCGGCUCGCUCAAGUGCCCCCGUGCGCAGGCCGGCCACUGUUUCGAGCUGCUGGACCGCGACUACAAGUUCUACCUGGCCUUCGAGAACUCCAACUGCAAGGACUACAUCACCGAGAAGUUCUUCGUCAACGGAUUGGGGCGUGACGUGGUACCAAUUGUGAUGGGUGGCCGGCCUCUGGACUACUUACGCGCUUCGCCCGAUCACUCGUUCAUCCACGUGGAGGACUUCCCAUCGGCGAAAGCGCUGGCCGAAUACCUGCACCUGCUGGACCGCAACGAGACUCUGUACAACGAGUACCUACGCUGGAAGGGCUCCGGCGAGUUCAUCAACACCUACUUCUGGUGCCGCCUGUGCGCCAUGCUGCACGCGCCGCCACUGCCAAAGGUGUACCCGGACAUCGGUGCAUGGUGGGCGGGGCCCGGCACCUGCCGCAGCGACCGCUGGAGGGACUUCAAGCCCAAGCCGGACCCCGUGGCGUACGUGCUCACCUGACCCAGCUCCGACGGGAGUUUGCACCCUCCUACUCCCCCUAGCGGCCGGUCAGCCAACCAAGCGGCCCGCUAAGGCGCGUCGGAGCGCUCUAUUCAAAGACUCUGGUCAUAAGGGCACCAACUCCACCACUGGAAGGCGCGUUCCAGUGGUAUCGCGUGCUGCUGCUGGACAUGGCACGUGUACGACUGACUGAAACCAGGGGCGGAAUACUUGUGAUAAGGCGCCGGCCAGCAGAGCUUGUGACGCGUUUUCCGUGUCUAAUUGGCUCGGCUGUAUGUUCCAGUCACGUGGUGUUGGCCCUGCCGUGCGCGCCUUCGUGUCCCCUGCUACAAACCGGUGGUGAUCGCCGGGUCUGCUGGGCUCCUGCGCGUGACCUCUAGCGGCCGGUCACGUUUGAUUUCGUGCGUCUGCGAUGUGCAAAGGUGCAACCAGUGGCUUUAAGACGAAAUCUUCCAGUAUGAGAUACAAACCAAAAAGUUCGUUCGACGCAGCAACGGCUCGUAUGCAGGGGAACACAUUAGCCGUAAUCUUAUUCAACGAGUGAAUUACAGGCCUUAUGACAGUGAGAAACUACAGAGAGCCAGGUCCCUGGCUUUCUACGUCGCAGUAGCGGGGUGCAGGGUAGGGCAGCGCUGAUGGGAGCGUGAGUUUUCUCGCGCAGUCGUAAGUGAAUUCCUUUACUCAUGCGGUAAACGCAGAGUCCAACAAACCAAAGAGCAGCCGUGGAUAUUCCAGGUCAUGCUGCCAUGAACGACAUCAAAGUGUACUGCAUUUUUUACCAGCUAAUGUCGGCGCACGCGUAUGUUUGUUUUUCAAGGCAACAUAUACUUGCGAUUUGACGUGAUUUAGUGCUAUGUCGUGGGCAACCUGUUUGCUUAUAUGAGACUGCUUCUUCCUGAGCGUGCUGAGCUGCUGUGAUCUCGAAUCUCGAGUGUGACUUGCUGGGUGACAUCUGCAGCUGUACUAACUAUACCCCCUGUGGUUACAUAUUGUGUUCAUUCGCACUUUCCCUCAACAUUCCACACCUUGCUAGUUGACCGAUUACAUGUGAUCUGACAAAGCAUAAUACUUUACGCUAUACUGUCAUUACUAGCGCUGAAACCUGUACACUUUGUCGAGUCUCGAAACCAUUCCGUAAGUGACAAGGUUUGCCGCCAGGUUGUUCCUGUGGUACGACUGGCGCUGCGAGUUCUUGUCAAACAAUGCGAGGCUAUUUGAUUCUCGCUAUUUCCGAUGCUUCCAAGCAGCUAAAGUUUCCGAAGGGUCUCAGUGCACUACCAGAAGGCACGUCCAUUCACGCGUUCAGAGGCUUCGGUACCUUUGACUUGGACAAUACUGUGACUGCCAUACACUUAAUGUGUAAUGCGUUCGAGCUCCAAGCCUAAGCUUGCUACGGGGACUCUGAUAGGGCUUUGAUCAAGACCGAGGUAGGACGCUUCACUCACCAGAAAACGUUCGAUGAUUUCAUUUGUGCGUGUGUGUGUGUAUACGUGUGUGAGAGAGGUCGAUUUUUUAGACAAUUAUGUGGUAACGCGAAGCGAACCGGGAAAUUGGAGGUGCUCAUACAGGAGGAUGGACACGCCAUACAUACUGAGGCAUUACAUAGUGUUAUUGUGAAUAAAACCGCCACGGACACAGUGCGGUUGCUUCGCUUUCCGUCCUGUAUCUGUAGCGGUUUUGUUCACAAUGUCUCACCAACUGGCUUACAACUUUACCUUGCUAAAAUAUAGCGUUAUGUUUCGUGACACGUAAUUUGGCGGAUAACGUAACAGUGCCUGGUACGGCAAAAACAUACUCACUAGCUUGUCCAUAAGAUUAAGUGCAUAAAGCAACACUUCGACUGUCCAAACAUGUCAAUACACGUUGCACGUUUCGGCAAAUUAUACUAAAACUCGGCACCUGCCAUCGUAAUGUUUGCCGUUCCCGCCGAACUCUAUACUGCAACAUCAUAGCCCUGUAACAGAAGCAACUGGGUCCAAGUCUCGAGUAGCCGGGGCACAUUUCCGCAUUCGAACAAUGUCAAAAUUACCACAGCUGUUCACAAACUGUCAGAUCUGUUCUCGAGGGUUGUAAGGACUACGUAAUGUACGCAGCUGAGAUCAAAAUACGUAACAGGCUAUGCCACCGUUCUCCACUCACAUUUUAGUUACAUUUUCUUUUGCUUUCUCCAAAAAUUGUGCUAUAUGAGCAUGUCGCUUUUUAAUCUUCGUUAAUUUCUGAAGAUGCACUGCUGGUUGAGCCGUCACGGUAACUCUCUGGCGCAAUACCCACGUCACAUGCUCCGCUCUCACUCAACGACAUAGCUGCAAAAGUGCAACGAGCAACGCACCAUACGUUACCUGCAAACAAAACAACGCGUGAUACUUAUAGGAAAACGCGCGCGCGUUCUCGCACAAUCUACUCCAGAAAACGCAUAAGAGAGUGUUUGAUACUCCCGCUGAGUUGGUUACGCAUUUUACGACAGUCAUGGAUUGCAUUAGUUAGGCGAACAGGCUGGGCGAACAGUAAUUCAAAUGGCGCAAGCGUCAAUAGACUUCAGAAAACGCGGAGAGUGCAAGAGCACGCUUAGUUUUCUAGUGCUCUGAUCGCGCUGCUGAGUCGGCGAACCUAUUUUCGCACACACGCGAUUCGCAAAUGCCACUGCAGUGCUGGAGUUCAGCCGGAGAUUCUAGUCUUAAUGGCCACAUCUAAUGACCGUUGUAUGGACGGUGGAAGAAUUCACGAGACAGGUCUCGGCGAUAGACAGCAUUAAUGGCAGUAUACACCUGUGACCCUAGAAGUAAUGGUUGCGCGGAACAGCUUUCUCUGAUGGGCUACAAGUGAUAAGUGCGUUGCUUUCGUGUUUAUUCUUCCUCGUCGCUCUAUGGCUGUAGGUGUAUUCUCUCCAUAAGGAACCACAUCUGCACACGUGCUUGUCCGCGCGCUGUAUGCUUUGUGAGAUUGUGUUCUCCGUGCGCUAGAAAAAAAAAAUGCGCGAGUUGAAAUGGAUGUCGUGUCUGUAAUUUCCCCUCAGCGUUAACGUUGUGCGGUGUUCGUAUGUAAUCUUUCCUCUAAAUUCGCUCGGGUUACAAAAACCACAUGGCUCCCUUGGCUAUUGCAGGUACGAAAUCUUUCACGUGCUGUGAUCUGGAGCGCAAUGAGCCACGUCGGGCCUUUGCCGCGUCUUGUCGGGAUCGUGCCGUGUUGAGCUUGUCGCGACAAUGUCACGAUCGGCUCAUACUCGUGACAUAGGGCAGCACCGUGUCAUUAUAGCGAUUCCGUGCGACGCUGUCGGUGCUCUAACUUUUAAUAAGUAUACCUUGACUAUAAAGCAAACAUUAAAAUAAUUUUUCGCUACCAGGCUAACUUCUUGCGCUACUUGCGGAGGUAGUACCAAUGAUCUGCGCAUGAAAGCAUAAUUUCUUCCCCAUGUGCAUUAGUGUAAAUCAUGUAUAUCAAGUAAGAUUAGCCGUUUUCCCCAAAAGAUAAUCAAAUGCCUCCGAUGACAGCGAUUAUUCUUGGCUGGCACGCACGAUAAGCUUCAGUGCUCGAGCAGUGUGGACGUUAGCUUUCGCAAGAUUCAGUGCUUACGUCGAAACAGAUGCCCUUCUUUCAAUCUGCACGUGUUUUGUAUGUCCUCGAGGCAUUACAUAAGAACAUCACGUAAACUUCUAUCAGCGAACAAGGUCUCGUAUCUCUAUUAGUAUUUCCAAAAGAUUUCGUUCUUGCAUCUUCCUCGUAUUUCGUGCGAGUCCUGCUGCAAUAUUUCUGGAUCGACAAAGAACGCAAGCUCUUUUCUAUAGAUUCGUUGAUUUCAUUCAUUGAGAAGCGAGACGCGGGCUCAGCGGAAGAAUCUCGGAGCAAAGAAUGCUAUAAAUUUGCGUAAUGUGCUCUGUCAAUGCGUGAUAUUGUUCAGCCAUCACAACAACCUUUGUCACUUCACAAUCUCGGUGCUGGCUGUACGGAGAAACCUAUCAUAUUGAGGUCAAACAUAACGCGGUACGUGCUCGUGUUAGACUUUCAAAACGUUGCAAAAAUAGAAAUUCUGUGUCGACCAGACGCCGCGUUUAGGUGUAGGCGUCAUCUGUCGAGCGAUCAAAUGAUCAAAACCGGAAGUUGGAAGCUGUACACUGUGCUAGUGAAAUAUUGCAUUUCGUAUCGCGUCGCAGAACCUUCAAGAACUUUUUUCGCUCAAGUCCUAGCGGGUUCAUCGUCUGCUCUAUUUCGUAAACUUUUGUACUGGUUUUGGUAACUUCCUGCAGUAUUUCGAGCAGACACGUGAGAUGAAGAAAGAGCACGCAACGAUGUCCGCACGGUUUGUGCUGACGUCUUCAUAAACCACGCGAUCGCACAUCAGGAGGGACCUCAUGUCGAAGUACAAUUUCCCCGCUUGACCAAAGAAAGCAUAUCUGCUUUUGUCGCGUAUAAGAAUGAGGAGAUCGGAGUAGGACGCUAAAAUGCGUUAUAAAAAAUGCGUAAACGAGCGGGGUCUUUUCUUAUACUGCGCUUUGCCAUGGGACGCAACAAGUUGCCAUUUUGCUCACAGCAUAUAGCCUUGUGGGCAAAUGUGCUUAUACGCUGUCUUCCGUAACGCACACGGUGUCUACGCAUUUUUACAUUGUGAAAAGAAAAUUUUUCAACCGCCAGUUACCGUUUAACUAAUUCGCGCUACACCGUACGUGUUUGAUCCGAUGCAGUUUUAAGGGAAAACUAAGCUCUCGAUGCAUUCCAAACGGGUUUUGACCUGCUUUCUGAAAACAACACUCCAGAAAUGUAAGACUCGAGAGAAUUUCGCAUAACAGCGCACAUUUUCGCUUGUUUUGUGCCUAUAUUGCGUUGCCUCCACGAUGCAUUAUUGCCAACUUGCCCGCAUUGCCAUUCUUUUUCUGAUAUUGCACGUAUCUAGGUGUCGCGCAUGCCCGUAGUUGGUGCCAUAUAAACAUUUAUUUUUUAACGUUUUUUUUUUAUAAUGCUGCAUACAACUACUGUGUUUACUUUCGUGGAAUGACAUGGCUGUGCACAUUCAUCAGCACUGUGCUGCCGGCUGCGACAGUUUACGAGACACUAAAUCCAAAGUUUGUCUCUCUAUAUUUUUGCGAACCGUGCAUAGUGAUCCGAUAAAUUAGAAGCGUCGUGCACUAACAGAGCAGAAAUUUGCAUUUGUCGUGGGACCCGUGCCCCGCAAAUUUUUUCGGCCGACUGAGUUUCUACGGGAUCCCCUUCUAUGGGUUUAUACAGGAAAGGCUAAUACUCACCGAAAAUAAAACAUUAUUUUGUUCCCUUAGUACUUCUACGGAUUUAUAGAGAAAAGGCUAAUGCUCACCGAAAAUAAGAUAUUCUUCCCUAGUACAGUGCAUAACAACUUUCGAGUCUCGAAUAAACGCGCGCAUACGAUUAGUCUUUUUUUUUUUCUGAUAUCCAUUUUGCGUAUACUGUACGCAAGUUGUGUACGCUGCACGCGCACACGUUGCACGCACACGGAAGCGCGCGGCGGCAACGACUUAAUUACACUCGAAGAUAUAGCUGGCACGCACUUCCUCCCGCCCCCUACGGUCAAAUGUGUUUUGUGCGUCGUGCAUCGAGGAUUGAGUGUUUCAAAAGGUGCCCACACGCAGAGCCAGUCGAGCGGACACACCCGCCGAUGAUUCCAGCUCGGUGCUCUGUUCAUUUCUUUCAUGUGAUAGCCGAACUGAACUGGUCAAGUUGUGCUAGUCAUGCUGUUGGACGUCAAGAAUAGAUUUACUUCUACUCCCGCCUGUACGGGCAGUCUUUGUACAUAACGAAGGGGGGGAAACAGGAAAAGCAGCAAUCUCAUACCAUGUUGGCAUUUGAAUCUCAUCAGCAUCAAUAAACUGUGUUUCUUUUUACGUUUA